GUUUGGUCUGAGAUCAGUUGAUGAUCCUGAUUCACCCCUGGACACACCUUGGUUGGUUGUAUCGUCUGUUGCCAUGGCGGACCCCACCGAUCUGAAUCUCGACGCCCCGAGCGAUCUCCAGGAUAUCCCGGAGAUGUCCAUGCAGUUGAUUCCGCCUCCCGAAGGCACCUUUCCGGACAAGGCUUCCCUCCUCGCCGCCGUGCAGGCGCAUGGCAAGGCGCAUGGCUACAACGUCGUCGUCAAGUCGUCCAGUACCCCCACGGAAAAGAAACCGGGCCGCACGGCCAAGGUGUGGCUGCGCUGCGAUCGCGGCGGGCACUAUCGCCCGCGCAAUGGUCUGACCGAGGAGACGAGAAAGCGCCGGCGGACCUCUCGCUUGAUGGACUGCCCAUUCAUGCUAGUCGCCGCGGGCACCCCGGGUAUCUGGACGCUGAGCGUUCUGAACCCGACGCACAAUCAUGGCCCGAUGCUCGAGAAACCUCGGCAAAUGUCGCAUCAUAAGGUGCGCAAGGGCCAGAUCGCGGCGCUUCCGUAUGAUUGGCCGCACGAUGCGAGCCUAACGCCAUACACCACCGCGCUCGUCAUAAUUGACAUGCAGAAAGACUUUUGCGUUCCCGGUGGAUACAUGGAGUUUCAGGGGUGUGACAUUUCUCCCGCCCAAGCCCUGAUCCCCAAGCUCCAACAAGUCUUGAAUGUCUUCCGAUCGUCGGGUUUCCCGGUGUAUCACACCCGCGAAGGUCAUCGACCAGACCUCUCUACACUAUCUAGUCGGGAGGCGUACCGAUCCCAGAACAACUCCUCGAGACUCGGGAUCGGCUCUCAAGGGCCGCUCGGACGGCUACUGAUCCGCGGGGAGAUCGGCCACGACACCGUGGACGAGCUGUACCCGAUCCCAGGAGAGCCCGUGAUCGACAAACCCGGGCGGGGGGCCUUUGCGCACACGGAUUUCGAACUACUCCUGCGAAACAAGGGCAUCAAGAACCUGGUCCUGGCAGGCGUUACGACAGACGUAUGCGUGGCGACGACGAUGCGGGAAGCCAACGACCGGGGAUUCGACUGUGUCGUGCUAGAGGACGGGACGGCAGCCAGCGAAUCAACCCUGCACGUCAGCACGUUGGAGGGGGUCAAGAUGGAAGGAGGAAUCUUCGGCGCGGUGGCCAAGAUCGAGGACCUGGUGGGCGCCGUCGAGAAUUUCAAAGCGACCGCGGCGAAGAAGCUGACCCCGCAGAUGACGGAUGAGCAGUAGGGUAUGGCUAUAGAGCGGGCUGUGGAUAUGGAGCGAGGAGUUUGGCUUUGAUUAUCAUUUCUCUUAUUCUUUUUAUCUUUCAUUUCCCGGUGAUUGUUUCUUUGUCUGGGACUGGGAACAAGCCGGUUUGCACUCUUAGCGUAGUGAGUUGGUUAUAUACAGGUAGUCAAUAUUGG